UAACAAAUUUAUAUAGUUUUGGCUUUUUUUUAACCUAUUUAAAGACAAACUGUUAGUUAGUGUAAUUUGAUUUCUAAUGAGAUUUUCACUUAAAUUAAACAAGAACUGUCUUAAAAAUAUUUUCCCCUCAAAAUGCACAACCUCGCUAAAAAAAAAGCUGAGUUGACAACACCGAACUAGAAGACAGGUGUUUGAAUUUAUUGCAAAUUUUUCGCGGUUUUUAUUUAUUUACUUAAUCUAUGGGUGUAAAGGAAUUAUGGGGAGUACUUACACCCCAUUGUGAACGUAAACCUAUUAAUGAAUUGCGGGGCAAGAAGGUGGCCAUCGAUUUGGCCGGAUGGGUGUGCGAAUCACUGAAUGUUGUGGAUUACUUUGUGCACCCAAGGCAUCAUUUGAAAAACCUCUUUUUUCGGACUUGCUAUUUAAUUUGGGAGCAAGUUACCCCUGUUUUCGUUUUGGAAGGAGUGGCUCCUAAACUUAAGAGUCAGGUGAUAGCCAAAAGGAAUGAACUGCAAUUUCGGGGCGUGAAACCCAAAAAUUCUCCAGAAGUCACCCAAAACCAGGCUCCCAAAGGCGACAAAGGACGCACCCGUUUCAACCAUGUCCUUAAACAGUGCGAAACACUACUCCUUUCCAUGGGAAUCCAGUGCGUUCAAGGUCCUGGCGAGGCAGAGGCCUACUGCGCCUUUCUCAACAAGCAUGGCUUAGUUGACGGCGUCAUUAGCCAGGAUUCGGAUUGUUUUGCCUAUGGAGCGAUAUGCGUUUAUCGCAACUUCUCGGUCUCCACCCAAGGUGCUCAGGCGGCUGCUGGCGGAGCUGUGGACAUCUACGAUAUGCGAGAGAUCACCUCCCGCAUGGAUUUCGGUCAGCACAAGAUUAUUGUGAUGGCAUUGCUCUGUGGCUGUGAUUAUUGUCCAGAUGGCAUAGGUGGAAUUGGAAAGGAUGGCGUCUUGAAACUCUUCAACAAGUACAAAGAAACGGAGAUUCUGGACAAGUUAAGAAACUGGCGCAAGGAAACUAAUAAAUACAAUGCACUGGAAAUUCGAGUAGAUGACAAAUCCAUUUGCAGCAAUUGCGGGCACAUUGGCAAAACCCAAAGCCAUACCAAAAGUGGUUGCAGUGUUUGCCGCACUAACAAAGGGUGCGACGAAAGCCUCUGGAAAGAACAACGAUUAUCCAUUAAAGCAGAGUUGACUUUGCGACGGAAAGCAUUACUAUCUCCGGAUUUUCCCAACGAGGAGAUCAUUGCCGAGUUCCUAAGCGAUCCCACCACCAUCCCAAAACUUAAUCUCAACUGGCGUCAACCAAAUAUAGUUAAGUUUAUCAAGCAAAUAGGACAUCUUCUACAAUGGCCGGAAAUAUACUGCUUCCAGAAGUUCUUUCCCAUCCUGACGCGCUGGCAAGUUCAGCAAUCAAAACAGGAUAAUAUUCUUAUUCAGCCCAUUGAAAUUAUCAAAAAGCGUACUGUUAAAGGAGUUGCCAGCUUAGAGCUGCGUUGGCAAGAUCCCAGCGGAAGUUUUAAAGGACUUAUUCCAGAUAAACAGAUUUCAGAAUUUGAAUUAGAGCAUCCGAAGGGAAUCGAAGAACUCUACUACACCAUAGAACCAUUGGACAUGCUGGAGUCGGCGUACCCAGAUUUGGUUGCUGCAUUCUUAAAGUCUAAAGAGAAGCCAGCCAAGAAAACCAUUCGAAAGAAGAAGACUACUCCUGAAGAAGAGGAUAAGGAAAACGAACAAAAAUUAAGACCAAAACGAGUGGUCAGGAAGAAAAAGGUUGCGCCUGAACAGGGUCAGCCUUUAUUGCAACAAUUCCUGAGGCGUGAAAUAAAAGAUACUCCUGUUAAAAGUUCUACCCCCCAACGCCAGCAAUGCUCAACUCCCAUUACCAAGUUUUUGCCCUCAGAUCUGGAAAGUGAUUGUGAUGCUGGAGAGUUCGACAUGUCGGACAUAGUCAAUGGCAUCAUAUCAAAUCCGAAUGCCAAGCCAGCACUGACCAAACACGAGGGUCACCGGCUGCAUUACGAACCUCUGGCGGAUGAUUUGAGUUUGCGCCUGGCGCAAAUGAGUCUAGACAACGAAGAGGAACCGACAGAAGUGGAGAAGAAAAGGAACCUUUCCCAAAUCGAGCAAUUGCCGCAGAGCAAGCGGUUUUCCUUGGACGACAGUUUUGAUCUACUGGUUAAGGGAGAUCUAAAGAUGCUAGCCAGGACUCCAGUAGAGCGGUUCAAGUUACAACACCGCCUCAGCGAAAAGAUACCAACACCAGUAAAGCCUUUAGCUAAUAUGAGUUACUUUUUUGAUCAAAGCUCCGGCAAUGCAGAUGCUUUUGAAGAGGUAAUGAACUCUAGUUUUGUGCCACAAGAUCAGGAGGAAAAUGAAGAAGACGGGGAGGAUGAUGAUCUGGUGGUGAUUAGUGAUUAAAUAUUUAACUAUACUUAAUAAUUCCGCGGUUUAUUCGCUUUUCACAUUUUAAAUCAUUUAAAGAGGCAAGCUUGCAGCUAGCACAUUUCGG